CCCAAUAGGGCCACCAAGACUGCCGAAAGUUGAAGACUCACUCGACUAAGAAAUUACGUGCAUUUUCCAAGUCCAAUUUCUUGGCAUCAUCCCUACCAAAGCCAUCUGUGUCUUGUUAAUCCUUUCAGCAUCCUUGAUUGAGGGGUGUCAUUUUUGCACCACAAUAAAUAGAGAAACUAGAGCAAUAUAUAAGAAAUACACAAGCCUCGCUCCAUAAACACCAAUGCACCAUACCGAAUUUCUGUUCACCUGAGUAAAGCCUUCCUUAUAAAUCUCCUUCUGCUAGCAGGAUCUCCUUUGUCAUAGCAGACCAUAAGUGCACGUAGCUGAGGGAUUUCAACACUCAAUGAUGUCCCGCCCAAGACUUGCAAAGAAGCUUCAACCAGCCAAGAAGGCAUUGAAACGCUUCGCCAAGACACUGCAAUCAAAACUCCAUGAUCUCAACCUUUCUAAAGCGGUCAAGGUCAUCCAAACCUGCACCGAUCGCCUCCUCGCUUAUUGCUCUAGCCGUCUCUUUCUUCCCUUCAAGAAACGUUCCAUAACAAAACCAAGAGGCCGCAGCCGCCAGUGUAACCAUCAUUACAGCAAUAAAACUCUGCUUCAUAACACCUUACCGCCGAUAUACAUAGACAACCUCUAUGUCUCAGAACCAAGCUUGAUGUCUGCCAGGCAUUUCCACGCACAUGAAGAAACAAGUAGUGGAGGUAAAGCUGUGACUGUUGAGAAAGUUGUCCCAAUAAAUGAAGACAAGGCAAGGAAGAAGAGCGUGUAUAGCAUUGAAGAUGCAUGGAGAGAAGUUGUUGCUAGAUCACCGCAGCUGCGGCCAGUGGAUGAGAGGGCUGAAGAAUUUAUAUGCAAAUUUCGUGAAGAGAUUAAGCUUGAAAAGGAGAAAUCAAUUCUUGAAUAUCAGGAGAGGUUGGCUAGGAGUGGCUAGAGAUCAUGAGUCAUUUUAUUCUUUAUUUUUAUGUUGGUAUUUCAUACUAUUUCUCAAAACAAAGCGUGAAAGUGUGAAUAACAGGGAAAAUUUGAUGGCGAGAACCAGAUCUUAGACGUACUUAGGUACAUAAUAGUAGAUUCUUGUUUUCUUUUGUAAUUGCAGACACGUUCUGCAGAGUGGUGUGAUUAUGGAUAGGAAAAUAGUUUGUGUGGGAUUCAUUAUGCGUCUUCUUUGAAUUGUAUUGUGUAUUCAAUUGGUUUGAGGCACAAAACUUCUGAUUUUG